GCCGUUAUCGUGGGUGAUUCCGGCUAGCCAUUUAAUGCGUGUUUGAUAUAAUACCGCCUAAUAGAUUUAUGUGUCCAUCGCGUCGACUGUUUGAUCAAAAAGAGAAAAAAAAAGAAAGUUGCGUCACGACGUCGAAUCCCCGUUACAACCGCGUUGCGUUAUAAAAUUUUAUGUGAAACGCGUAAAAAUAAGAUAACGAACACAUCGUCAUCUAGAUAAGAAAAUAGAAGAAAUGCGGCGACGUUCCACCCACGGAAAGAUCUCUUAUUCAAAGGCGUGCGAGCUACUAGUGCAGCCUCGAUACAGGUGCCCUGAAAAAUAUUAAUUAUUACAUCAGAGAUGUAUUGAACCAUCUAUGAUUACAUGUUACACCCGCUACGGGCUCUGUGAAGUCAGACGAAAGUCGUUUUUAUUGGAAAGGCAGGCUGCGCAGCCGACGAGCAACGCGUUCUCCAUCGGAGUGACGAAACAUCCGCUGGCGGACAGCGCGCAGUUGUUAUCACGUGGCGGUUAAAUCCCUACCAGUUCAGUUGGAUUUGAAAUCACACGGUCCGACGACACAGACGGAUCCGGUCUUUUCGAUUUAUCCGAAGGACGAAAUACCCUGAAGUAUCAACAUGACGCAGAGACAGAACUCCUUCGAUAUCGUUACGGAUCUUCAGGACGUAUUGACUCCUUUCGGAGCCCAACUCAGAGGGAUUUACAAAAGGAGCGGUGCCUACAUAGCUUUCAGGGACAGACUUCCCGUGAUACUUACCAGAGUCAUAGACUCGCUGAGUCGUGAUAAGGAGGAAAUCGUUCAGAAGUACGGGAAGUCGUCAGCCGAAGACUUGAAGCAAGUGAUCGGCUAUAUAAGCAAAUUGAAGAACGAGUUGGUCACAAACAAGCCUCUCAAGCCUCUGACUUGUCCAGCGAGCGAAGAUGAUCCUCUCGCAAAAAAUAUCAAAGUAUGGAACGAUUAUCUGGAGGAGCGCACGAAGCUGGAGGGCAGGGUACCAAACUGGUUCAACACGAUUGCUCUGUACUCGGAAUGCUACGUGUAUCGGAGAAUCAUCGAGGCGUUCACCCUUACGGAGACGUUGAAAUACUACGAUCCUUACGUCGGACUGAAAGAACAAUCGUAUACCGGUGCCCUGGACAGUGCGAUAGCUAUCGCUGGUCACACUCUGAAAUUAUUGAAAAAUUCGAAAGAUCUUUCUCCGUCUGACGUGAAAAACGAAUUUGCAAAUUUCUUGAGAUUAGGUGUCUGGGGAAACAAAUUUGAUCUAUCCCUGAGCGGAGGUGUCCAAAAGGACCAGAUUACGGAUCCAUUGGGAAUCCUGAAAACCCUCGAAAAUGAUCUUUUGAUCGACCACACAGAUUUUGUAUGGAAUUUCCUGAAAAAAGCGCAACAGAAAAAUGAAUCGACGAGGAUCGACAUAGUCCUGGAUAAUGCUGGAUACGAACUAUUCACGGAUCUUUGCAUCGCUGUAUUUCUGAUCGCUUUUAAUCUGGCCGAAAAAAUUAAUUUCUUCGUAAAAUCCAUGCCCUGGUUCAUAAGCGACGUGACCAGCAAGGACUUUUAUUGGACGGUCGAACAAAUCAAAGGGUCAUCGAACCCCGAUUUAGCGGCGCUUGGCAAACUGAUGGAAAGUCAUCUGGAAAGCGGAAUUUGGUCGAUCGUGGACGAACCUUUCUGGUCCUAUUCGUACUCAUUCAACGAGAUGGCAUCUAGAGAUCCAGCUUUGUACGCCAAACUUUCGGAAGCUACGUUCAUAAUAUUCAAGGGCGACUUGAACUACAGGAAAUUGGGAGGCGAUGUAAACUGGGAAUACAGUACCAGUUUCAUAGAAGCCCUUCAAGGAUUUUUACCUUCCACCUUCGUCAGCCUGCGCAGCAUCAAAUCAAACGUUUUGGCUGGACUGAAACCGGGCUUAGGACAAUCUCUGGAUAAAAAUCAACCGAAUUGGAUGCUCACCGGGCAAUAUGGACUCAUAGAAGCGACCGUAGACGCCUGCCCGUGCAGCGAGGAUUCGUUGAAAACUUUAAGAAUCGUGAAGUGGAAACGAUUCGUCGCUCUAUAUCUCUUCGUAAACUUUCUCCUGGCUAUUUCCGUGGCCCAAAAUUUAUCCGUUCCUACGUCUGACAAGUUUUAUCAAGAUGUUUUAGAUGCAGCGAUGCGACUGUCGCCCGCCUCCGUUUCGGAAUUACAAGAUAGCCCAGCUCCCUUCGGCGCACACCUGUCAGCUAAGUACAACAAGAGCCUCGCUUAUCGUGUAACACUCGUCAUCUACCCAUCCGUUGUACACGUGGUACACGAUCAACUAGUUAAGGACGCUGAAUCAUUGGCCGGUGCUGAGGAUGUGAACAAUACUUUGAAAUACCUCGAGGUAAUGGAGGACGAUAUUCGCAACAACGCACCCCUGACACCUAUGGCUUAUUCUUCUGACGAGAAUGACACCAGUUUGGACAGUGUUAAAAGCUACAACGAUUAUAUCGAAGAACUCGGUAGAGGAAAAAACAUUCCGAAAUGGUUGAACAGUCCGUGGAUAUACACGGAAGCAUAUCUAUACCGAAGGAUUAUUCAAGGAUUUCUUAUCACAUCUUUCAGAGAAACAUUGAGGACCUAUGAUCCGUAUGGUGGACCAAAAACAACGCUUUUCGAAGGAUCUGUGGAUAGCAUCGUUCAAUUGGCUACUUACUUCUUGUCAGAUUUUAACGGAGGUGCGACCGCUUCGCCGGAGAAUCUUCGAUCGAAAUUCGUAAGCCUCCUAAAACUAGGGGUUUGGGGCAAUAGGCGUGAUUUGGCUAUAACGAGAGGGGCGGGUAAUGCCGAAGUUGGAAAUCCGUUGGAUUUGAUCGAUGCCCUGGACGAAAAACUGCUCGCUGAUGAUUCCGGUUUUGUGUGGGAUCUGAUAUCGUCGGGAGCGAGAAGAGCUAAUGGGACGAAGAAAGUCGAUAUCAUACUGGACAACGCGGGAUAUGAAUUUUUCACCGAUCUUUGCCUGAGCGUUUUUAUUAUCCGGCAUAAUCUCGCUGACCAAGUACGAUUUUACGUCAAAACUCUACCCUGGUUGAGCAGCGACGUGACGACGAGAGAUUUUCAUUGGACGAUCGAUCGCAUGAAGAAUCACGAAAAUCCUGCACUCUCAGAGUUUGGAAAAAUCGUGGAGGAUUAUCUCAAAACUGGUACAUUUACCAUAGAGGAGGAAUCUUACUGGACCUCCCCGUUCCCUUAUACCGAGAUGCCGCGGAGGGAUGCCGCCUUGUACGCCAAACUAGCGGAAUCUAGUUUGAUAAUAAUUAAAGGAGAUUUAAGUUACAGAAAACUAUUGGGUGACAUCAACUGGGAAUAUACGACCAGUUUUCAGCGCGCUCUUCAAGGAUUUCUACCCGCUAACUUGGUUAUUCUGCGGGUGAUUAAAGCGGACAUGUGUACCGGAUUGAAACUCGACUCUGCUAACAUUGUAGAAAAAUCGUUCGCAAAACCCCAGCCGUUUGAUGACGGAUAUGGGCUGAUACAGCUACAAACCGAUUAUAAAUCUGUCUACCGAAGUGGUAGAACGCCAAGGACGGUCACGGAGGCAGCGCAGUUGGUAAAAAAAUUUACGAGAUCAAGCCGCGUUAUGAUUUUUCCUGCAUCGUUUUGCCCGGUGAAACUGCGAUAUUUGUACGUUAUACUGGUUUUCCUGUGCUUAAACAAUUAUGUACGAACACAGGCGCAAAGUUUGGUGCCGCAGGCACACCGAGAAACUGAAGCUAUCGUAAACCCGGAAAAUGGAGUUGAAAUACAAGACAUUGAAACUCCUUUCGGCGCGCAGUUGUCUGGAACUUACAAAAAAAGUUUCGCUUACCGGAAUUUCUGGUACAGAUUUCCAAAGAUCUUAUCCGUUGUGAUCGAUACUCUGAGACAUGACGAGGCCGAAAUCGUUGAACAGUACAGAGGCUCGUCUGCCGAAGGCGUCAGUCAAGCCAUAGCCUACAUUGAAAAUCUGAGAAACGAAAUUUCAAACGACGCACCGUUAGUGCCGCUAGCUACUUCUUCAAACAAAAGUGACAGCAAUUUUGACGAUAUCGAAUUGUGGAACAAUUAUCUAGCCGAACGCAUCAGAAGCGACGGAAGAAUUCCAACUUAUUUUACCCUCGCCCCUUGGAUAUACGGGGAAACUUACAUGUAUCGAAGACUUGCGCAGGGUUUCGAUUUCACGGAAACCUUACAGACGUACGAUCCGUUUGGUAAACAAAAAAGGCUCGCCUUCGACGGUUCGAUAGACAGUAUAAUCGUCGUGGCUACAUAUACCCUGGAGCAAAUUAACAGAACGGAAAAUGUUUCUUUGGAGUCCCUCAAACCGGAAUUCGUCAAACUGUUGAAGCUCGGCCUCUGGGGAAACAGGCGUGAUCUAUCGCACAGUGAGGGUGCAGAGAACGCGCAAGUCGGAAAUCCCCUAGAAUUUCUCGAUGAGCUCGACGAGGACAUCCUUGUCGAUGAUUCUGUCUACGUGUGGGACCUGCUCGUCAACGCAAGGGAGAGUAACGGCACGAAAAUUAUCGAUAAUGUCCUCGAUAAUGCUGGCUAUGAGUUUUUCACCGAUCUUUGCCUCGCGGCUUUCCUAAUCGCUCAUAAUUUCGCGGAUAAAAUUCGUUUCCACGUAAAGGGUUUGCCCUGGAUGAUCAGCGACGUAACCGCGGAAGAUUUUCAUUGGACAAUCGAACGUAUGGUGGAAUCUGAAAACUCUGCUUUAUCCGAGUUAGGGGCAAUUCUACAGGGUCACCUUGAGUCAGGCGCAUUCACAAUCGAGGAAGAGCUUUUCUGGAUCUCCCCCUUCGUUUUUCCCGAGAUGGCGCGAAGGGACCCAGCCUUGUACUCCGAACUUUCUGAAUCAACUUUGAUAAUUAUCAAAGGAGACGCGAAUUACAGGAAAUUAUUAUCGGAAAUCAAUUGGGAAUACACGACCAGUUUCAUUCGUUCUAUUCGAGGAUUUUCACCCUCCAAUUUGGUUGCACUGCGAACUGUAAAAUCGGAUCUGAUUAGCGGGUUAAAGCCUGGUGAGGCCGAAAGUCUCAAGGCAAAAAAUAGCGGUUGGAUGCUCCUUGGGCAGUAUGGACUCAUACAAGCGAACAAACCCGAAUCACAUGAGUGACAAUUGCUUUGUUAUGAUUGUAACAGCUAUGACCGAAUCAAUGAUUUAACAUCGAUGAAUAUCAUCGUAGAAAAAUAAAAAAAAUAGGCGAUCCUACAGUGACCCUCGCAUCCUUCUCAGCCAAAACGUA